AGUCAAUGACGUUUAAGGAAGUACUUGUGAGAAAUGAGUGUGUUGACAGCCGGAGAUAGGACGUACACGAGCUAUGUUGCAGUCUACUAAUUUGAUACAACUUUUGGUUGGAUGUGAUGCACAGAGAAUCGAUAUUCAUUCAGUACCCGUUGUCAAAAAUUCUAGUGACGUAUAUUCUCAGCAGUUUGCCAAAAGAGGCGAUGGACUGGAGGAAAACAGCUCACCGUUUAAUUUCACACCCCGGACAAUUCGUUUAGACAAAGAUGAGGAGUUCUUUGUGGAUGGCGAUGUGCACAGACACUUAUACUUGCAGGAUCUCGUGACACCUCUCACAGAAGAAUCUCCAUCAUUAAACAUUUCAGAAUUCCAGUGUCACAUUGCCGGCUGUAAGCAGCUUUUCGACACUCUUGAGGGAUACGAGCACCACUACAAUUCACUUCAUCGUCAUGUGUGCUCCAGCUGCAAGCGCUCCUUUCCUUCCAACCGUCUGCUGGAUAUACACAUAUUAGAGUGGCACGACUCUCUUUUUAAGGUCAUGGCAGACAGAGAGUGUAUGUAUCAGUGUUUGGUUGAGGGAUGUGGACUGAAAUUCCAAACCAGCAAAAAAAGGAAAGAGCAUCUGAUCACUACUCACAGCUAUCCAUCAGACUUCAGAUUUGACAAACCAAAGAAAAUGAAAAGAGGAACAAAAGAGGAAAAGAUUCCUCAGCAGGAUGAAAAGCGUUUGACAGGGCCUGGUAAUGUAGUUAGUCGACAUGGAGAAUUAGAGAAUUGUGAGUUGAUGGAUUUUUCUCUGACCCAAGAGUCUGAGAGCCAUGAGCUUGCCCUUCCUGAGCGACAAAAGCCACAUUAUACUUAUAAGGUGCCACCAACUAUUUGCUUUGGCCAUGGCUCAGUCAGAGGCUUCAGAGGUGGAAGGAAAAAGAAGUAGAGGAAAGCUUGCAUUUGUUAAAUACUAUAUCUUUUUAUAUGAUCUUACAUUUAUCCAUGUCCAGAAUUAUAUUGGAGGACUAUUUUUUACAGUAAAAAUAAAGCAAAAGCAAAAUUCCAAUGUCAA